GUUCUUUGUCAUGCAAAUUCCGCCUUUUAUUACCAUGGUUUCAUUCAUCAGCACUUCUCCAUAAAAUCAACAUUGUUUAUUUAGAACAUUUUUGGUUGUAAAAUCCAUGCCUUUCUUUGAUUUAUAAUGUCAGAAUAGCAAAAAGGUUACAUUGUUUGAAUAUGUGGGAAGGAGGAAAAUUGUUAGAAACUAGGAGCCUAAUGCGUUAUACAAGGAACAACACCGUAAAUCACGAUACUUAAAAUCAAUCAAUUUUCCCUUUAUGAUGUCAUUCGCAAAAAUCUAUAAAACCUAGCUAACUUCAGAAAUCAAAAUUAAAACCAAGACUUACCUUGUAGAAGAAAUAAUACGUAAUAUCGACUUCUAUUACACACUAUAAUAAUGGUGAGAAACGAUAUCUUUCCCAUCCUAGAUGUUUCAUGUCUGUCAGAUAAUUACACAGCAGCCAGUGAUUGGGAAGGUGCAAAACUUCAGCAUGAUGUACAGGUAAACAAUCUUGUUGAAGAAUUAUCAAAUGGUUUUAGUGACUGGGGAUUUCUUUACGUGAAAGGACAUGGUAUACCACAAAAUCUCAUAGAUGGAACAUUUAAAAUGUCAGAAAAGUUCUUUAGAAUGGAGAAGGAGACGAAGAUGAGUUAUAAAAGAGGACCUGGAAUAAGUGAAGGAUAUGUUCCAAUAAAAGGUGAAGUGUUUGAUGAAAUGAAACCGGAAGAUAUAAAGGAAGCUUUUGACUUUUUGCCUAAUUCUGAUGUGAGUAAAAAGUUAUCACAGGAAAUGCCAGAAGUUGUUACUGAAUUGAGUGAGUUAUUUGAACAUUGUUCAACAUUGCUAUACAAAUUACUGAGGUUGCUUGCAGUUGCUCUUGGUAUAGACACAGAGACUUUUGUGAAUCUACAUACAAAUAUUGGUAAUCGCAGUUUAAAUGGAACGUCACUGCGCACAUUGUUUUAUCCACAUAUCAAUCGACCAACAGCGGAGAAUCAAAGACGUUGCGGUGAGCAUACAGACUAUGGUACAAUAACUUUGCUUUUUCAAGAUAAUAUCGGUGGCUUAGAGGUUUUGUCUCCGUCUGGAGAAUUUGUAAAGGCUGUUCCAAUUCCUGGUACCAUCGUUAUCAAUGCAGCCGAUCUCUUGCAUACAUGGAGCAAUGGAAAAUUCCGCGCAACCAUUCACAGAGUACAAAUACCAACAGAUCCAAUGCGAUUGUCAAUGCCACGUCAAUCAAUUGCGUUCUUUGCCCAUCCAAAUUAUGAUGUCACUAUUAAUUACCAGGACGAGAAUGGAAAAUCGAAGACGAGAAAUGCGUAUGAACAUUUGAAAACAAGAUUCGAUUCCACCAUUAUUACGAACAAUGUUUAAAAUUACUUGUAUGUAAAUAUUUAUACACUUUCUGCUUUUACGAAAUUGGUGAAUGGCUAACAAUAGAGACAUGACUUCAGCAGAAAAAUGUUAAAUGUCCAAUCCAUAAAUAUUAAGAUGUAUCCACAUUAAUACUAUUUCAUUAUUAUUAAAACGAAUAUUUGUACAGGAUAAUUAAUUCAAAUAUGCAAUAUAUAUAGUAAAGUGUAAAAAAAAAUAGUUCUCCCAUAGAGUCAUGUUAAACAAAAAUAUAAAAGUUUUGAUAAGGAAAAUGUGUUGGGAAAAAAAAAUUGAUAACAAUUAAAAGCAUCAUUAUUAACUUUCUUCUUCUUUUAUCUAUUAAUUAUCAGGACCAGAAUGGAAACUGGAGGACGAGAAAUGCGUAUGAACAUUUGCAAACAAGAUUCGAUUCCACCAUUUUUACUGACAACGUUUAAAAUUACUUAUAAGUAAAUAUUUAAAUACUUUCUGCUUUUAUUAACACGAAAUUGGUGAAUGGCUAACAAUAGAGACAUGACUACAACAGAAAAAUGUUAAAUGUCCAAUCCAUUAAUAUUAAGAUGUAUCCACAUUAAUACUAUUUCAUUAUUAUUAUUAUAACGAAUAUUUUUACAGGAUAAUUAAUUCAAAUAUGCAAUAUAUAUAGUAAAGUAUAAAAAAAAAUUGUUCUCCCAUAGAGUCAUACGAAUUAAAAGCAUCAUUAUUAACUUUCUUCUUUUUUUAUCUAUUAAUUAUCAGGACCAGAAUGGAAACUGGAGGACGAGAAAUGCGUAUGAACAUUUGAAAACAAGAUUCGAUUCCACCAUUAAUACUGACAACGUUUAAAAUUACUUAUAUGUAAAUAUUUAAAUACUUUUUUCCUAUUAUUAUCACUAAAUUGGCUAUCCGUGAGUAUUAAGAUGUAUCUACAUUUUUAUUAUUAUUAUUAUAACAAAUAUUUACACAGGAUAAUUAAUUAACUAAGCAUUAAAUUUUUUGUCACGCUAGUAGAGAGCCUCUUAAAAUGUGAAGUCAGGUCACCCUAACCUUCUUUCUGAAAUUUUGGAUCCUAAGUUUGGCUUUUGCAAGAUUUACAACAAAAAAAUGACACAAAAAUGUUAAAAUGUCUGCAUCGUGAGUAAAAUGCUUGUUUGGUUAAGAUGAAAGAGCAUUGGGCUCAGAAUAACUGAAAAUGUUAAAGAAAUCCCCGGAGAAACACUGGUGCCAUGAUUAUUUAAUAAAAAAUUCUUGAUAUUUUGUUGUUGUUUACGAUUUGAACUAUAAGAAGGCCU